UUCCACCUCAUUGCCUGCGUUCACAGUGGAACGGGAAUGGCUGUAGUAGGAUUCACCUGUGUUCUCAUAUUUUCUCCUGAUCCUCUGAAACCUUGAGUUCUGAGGGCGAGCCUGGAGGGGUGGGGCAGCUUUGGUUACCGUGACAACUGCAAGACACCAAUUUAGGCUUUGAGAAUUUGGGAAGGGAGAGCUUCUUCUGGAAUGACUCCUUAAAAUACGUUCUGGAAUAGGUAUGAGUGAUUUCAGUGAAGAAUUGAUAAGGCCCACAACAGAGGAUGAACAGGGGGAACCGCGUGCGCCCUCUGGUACAGGGAUGUGCUUUCCUUGGCUCCAAAAGCAUAUAGAAACCGUAGCGAUUGGAGGAAAACAGGAGAAGGAUUUUGCUCAGACAACAAGUGCUUGUUUAAGUCUUAUCCAAGAAGCUCUGCUGAAGCACCAGUGGCAGCGAGCUGCAGAAUACAUGCACAGUUACUUUCAAAUCUUGGAAGAUUCAGAUAGCAACAAGAGACAGAUUGCACCGGAGAUUAUUUGGAGGCUUGGAAGUGAAAUUCUUUAUUAUCAUCCCAAAAGCAGUGUGGAGACUUUCAAUACCUUUGCUGACCGGAUGAAAAAUAUUGGUGUCAUGAAUUACUUGAAGAUCUCCUUACAACAUGCAUUAUACCUUCUGCAUCAUGGUAUGCUUGAGGAUGCGAACAGAAAUCUCAGCCAGGCAGAGACAUGGCGAUACGGUGAAAAGUCGUCUUCUCAGGAAGUGUUAAUCAACCUUAUUCAGGCCUAUAAAGGGCUUUUGCAGUAUUAUAUUUGGUCUAAAAAGAAGAUGGAAUUGUCUCAGCUUGAUGAGGAUGAUUAUGCUUACAACACAGCGUCCCAGAAUAUGCUCAACCACAGCUGGAAGACAUCUAUAAACCUUUGUGCAUUGAUUCAGAUUCCUGGAGUUUGGGACCCUUUUGUGAAGAGUUAUGUAGAGAUGCUGGAAUUCUAUGGGGAUCAAGAUGGAGCCCGAGAGGUGCUUACCAAUUACGCCUAUGAUGAAAAGUUCCCAUCAAAUCCAAAUGCUCAUAUCUACUUAUACAACUUUUUAAAGAGAGAGAAGGCACCAAGAGAGAAACUGAUAAGUGUGCUUAAGAUUUUGUAUCAGAUUGUACCAUCUCAUAAACUGAUGUUAGAAUUCCAUAGAUUACUGAGAAAAUCAGAAAACGAAGAACACCGUAAACUGGGGUUGGAGGUAUUAUUUGGAGUCUUAGAUUUUGCUGGAUGCACUAAAAAUAUAACUGCUUGGAAAUAUUUGGCAAAAUAUCUCAGACAGACUUUAAUGGGGAGUCAUCUUGCCUGGGUUCAAGAAGAGUGGAACUCCAGGAAAAACUGGUGGCCAAGCUUUCACUUCAGCUACUUUCGGGCAAAAAGUGAUUGGAAGGAAGAUAAAGCUUUAGCUUGUGAGAAAGCUUUGGUAGCUGGGUUAUUGUUAGGAAAAGGUUGUAGAUAUUUUCGGAAUAUUUCAAAACAAGAUCAUCAAGUCUUAAAGAAGAAAAUUAAGCAGAUAAAGAAAUCAGUGAAAAAAUACAGCAUUGUAAAUCCAGGACUCUGAUACUGAAUUUUAGUUACUUCAGAUUAGUAGCUACAGAGUAGUAACUCAGUUGAUAGCUUUAAAUGUAUUUAUUUAUUUGAUAUUUUAAGAAGGUAGCUUAUUUGGCUAUGAAAAAGUUAUAUUUUCUUUUACUAUCGGUUAUAACUGAAGAAACAGUCUCAUUGCCUUUGCUCUUUGUAAAUAUAUUUUUCCUUUUUUUUGUACUGUUAAAUGUAACAUUUAUUAAGGAAUAAUCUUCAAAUAAAAAUACAUUUGUUUAAUCAGAGCAUAUAGCUCUACAGCAGUUAUUGCUGUUUGCAGAUAAUUUGCCUCUGAUAAUUGUGUAAUGAAAUAUAACUUGUGGGACUGUUAAAUGAACAUGUGUAUUCUUUUAGAUGCAAAUGAUCUAUGUUAGGUUUACCACCAUGAAGAACAUAUUGGUGAUGAGUUCUGUUGAGGAAACAGAGAAGGAUUUAGAAAAGAACUCCUCCUCUUUCUCUUUUGGUAGUAAGACAUGGCAGUGUGGGGUUAAGUGACCUCUGGUAGAGAGCUACCUUUGACUCUGGAGGACUCAUUUGGGUCAGAGAGGGUAGGAGGGGCCUGGUUGCUUUUAGCUGGCACUGGCCUAACUUUAAAGGAUUCUAGCUUUGUUGGUUUUGCUUGUUUGCCUUGCACAGCAAUCUAAGACAUGUUCUAGAACUACUGUGUCCCUCUCCUUUCUCUUGGAAACCAGAAUGCAGCAGUAGGUAGCUGGACAGUGGAGAAAUAGUGUCCCAGGGUCAUACAGGAAGCCCAUUGGAAAGCUUUGCUCAGAAGCCAAGAACAACUUUCCUGGAAUAUAAGCUGAGCUUUCUAAUAUGUUGUGGUAACUGGUGGAGUAAGUGCUUCUUGAAAACUGUCUUGGUUCAUAUACAUUUACUGUUCAGAUAACUAGUAUUUGAGUUCCAUGAAGGCUCCUUAACUUCAGAGCAAGUCCGAUAUUAAGGUGGCAAACCACACGUUUUCCCCAUUGGCUUAUAUUCCUACCAAUUUCAAACCAUCUGUCAGAAAAUUAGGGGACAAAUUAUGCUUUGUCAAUAAUUCGAUAUUUUAUACUUCGUAAAUAAAUGACUAUCAACAGAUAACUACCCAACUUUAUAAUAUUUGUGUGAAACAAGUAGGUGCCCCACAGAACCAAAGUAAAGCAAGUGAAAACUACCAAUGAAUAGGGUCGGCUUCACCACUGAGAGUCCAUGCUUGGGUGGUAAAGGAGUUCCAUAUAAGAUCAACACUAUAAGGGUGAAAUUCCCAGAGGAUGUGGACAGAAUCUCAAAGCCUAAGCCAAGAUCGUCAGGGCAUCUACUCCCUGAAACCUAUAGUCAAAAACUCUAAAAUAGGAUUUAUGAAUUCUCAUGGUCCCUAGCAGGAUGGAGGUGAGAAUGAAGGAGAAAUGAGUAGAUAUGGUUAUCAAAUGUUUGUAUCUAAUUGUGCAAUAAGAGCAAUGUGAAACUUUUUCCAACUGUGAAAUUUUUUUAAGCCCACUAAAAGCUAGUUUCAUGAGUCAUAAUGGCUAAAAUUUAUCAAGCACCUUGGGCUUUACAUUUCAUCAUCUCAUCACUGCAGUCCUAUGAAUUAUCCCUAUCUUAACAAGAAAGAAAGUGGUGUCUUCAGAGAUUAAGUCACUUGCCCAGGGUCACAGCUGGUAGAUGCUGGCUCCAGGACUAUAACCCGAUCAGUGUGGUUCCAAAGGUCACACUCUGUGCUAUGUGUACUGCCUUCCAGUUUAGUCAUGUUUAUAACCUGUAGUGCCCUGAGCUAGGGAGCAGGAAAAAGAAUAGAGGGGAUCCAUCACCCAUCCUUUCUCCUGGGCAUGGAAGGUUCCCUCUCUGUGUCCUCACUGAUCCCUCCCCAUACAGACUCUUGUGAAAUCACCACAUUGUUUAAUGGUCUUUGUACAUCUGUCUUUCUCAGUAGUAUAUUACCUAGCCUUAAUAAUCUCCAUAUCACCAACACCUAACAGAAUUUCUGGCUUAUUAAAUAUUGAGUAGAACUGAAUGAAAAUUUAUGAAAGCUAUGGACUGAGUGCACCUGUCCCAUAGGCAGUAAUAAUCUUGGUGAAUUUCUGCCAAGGGUAGGGCCUCAGGAGACUGUUAGGUUUGAAUCCUGGGUUUAUCAUAUGCUUUCAUUGUUUCUUUACCUACAGAAUGGAGACAAGUAAAAUUGAUUGCUGUACUUUCUUUUUUAUUUUUAUUUUAAUAUUUAUUUAUUUUGGUUGUGCUGGGUCUUAGUUGCAGCAUGCAGGAUCUUUAGUUGCCAUAUGCGGGCUUCUUAGUUGUGGCAUGUGGACUCUUAGUUGCGGCAUGCAUGUGGGAUCUAGUUCCCCAACCAGGGAUCGAACCUGGGCUGCCUGCAUUGGGAGUGCAGAGUCUUACCCACUGGACUACCAGGGAAGUUCGUGUACUUUCUUUUUAAAAAAAUACUUUUAUACAUCAUGAUGGAAUGAGAAAAAUCUGGGAUGUAAUUCAGAACACCUAAACUUCCUUGCCAUCUUUUGCGGUCACCUAAAGCAUGACCCUAAAUGUUUCAUGAAACCUCUCAGACUUAAGCCACUUGUCUAUACAUUGGUAAUGGCAUAUCUACCCUGCUUAGCUAAUAGAAUUAUUGUGAAGAUCACAUGAGAUGAAGUGAGAUAAUACUUCAUAAACUAUAGUACAUAAUACAAAUGAGAAGAAUUAUUAAUACUUUCCCUGAGCUUAAACGUGCCUGCUCAUUUUCAGACUGUGAGAGAAGGCAGAUAGAUGCCAGAGAAAUCAGUAAACUAUAUGCAAGAGUACUGAGCUGGAGCAUUUCUUUUUAUAUUUUCUCAAUUUUAUUCCAUGACCUGAUUCUAGGAUAAACACCAGAACUUAACCUCACAAUAUCGUUUUUAAAAGGCACUUGCUGGGCUUCCCUGGUGGUGCAGUGGUUAAGAAUCCGCCUGCCAAUGCAGGGGACACAGGUUCGAACCCUGGCCAGGGAAGAUCCCAGAUGCCGCAGAGCAGCUAAGCCCGUGCGCCACAACUGCUGAAGUCCGUGCGCCCUAGAGCCCACGAGCCACAACUACUGAGCCUGUGCUCUAGAGCCCACGAGCCACAACUACUGAGCCUGCAUGCCACCACUACUGAAGCCCGUGUGCCUAGAGCCUGUGCUCUGCAACAAGAGAAGCCACCGCAAUGAAGAGUAGCCCCCGCUCGCCGCAACUAGAGAAAGCCCGCGUGCAGCAACAAAGACCCAACGCAGCCAAAAAUAAAUAAAUAGAUUUAUUUUUUUUAAAAAAAGGCACUUGCCAUAGGAAACAACGUGUGUGUGUGUGUAACUGCUAUGGGAUGAAUUGUGUGUCCCCAAAAAGACGCAUUGAAAUCCUAACCCCCAGUACCUCAGAAUGUGACUUUAUUUGGAGAUUGGAUCUUUAUAGAGUUAAUCAAGUUAAAAUAAGACCAUUAAAGUGAGUGCUAAUCUGACUGAUGUCUUUAUAAAAGGGGAAAUUUGGACACAGACAUGCACACAGGGAGAAAGUUGUAUGAACACAACGACAGAUAUUGGGGUGAUGUUUCUACAAGCGAAGGAAUGCAAAACAUUGCUGGUAAACCCUGAAAAGCUAGGGGAGGGACGGGGGCCAGAUUCUUCCUCCUGGCCCUCAGAAGGAACCCACCCUGCUGACACCUUGAUCUCAGACUUCCAGCCU